AUGGAUGAUCAUUCCAAUACAUCCAAUACUAAUGAUCUUCCUUCAGUACGUUCAGCUAAAUUAAUAGGAAAUGUAAAUCGUCAACUUUCAACAUAUAUCGAUAAUACAUCAUCUGCAUCUACAAAUUCAAGAAGUGAAAAGAAACCAGAUAUGCUUAAUGUCGAUACUGGUAAUCUGAUGGUGUCAUCAAAUUAUACUGAAAAUGAUGCUGUACGUAAUUAA